AUGAGCAACAGAAGUAAGGUCUUUCAGUCAGUAGUGGCUGCUGGACCUUUACUUUCAGAGGAGCACAUUCAAGUUCUUCAGCAACCUUUCAUUAUCCGAGAAGUUAAAGAUGCCAUAUUUUCCAUUCCAGGGAAGAUACUUAAAGAGAUCAAUAUAACAACCAUUACCCUCAUCCCUAAAGUCAAGUGUCCGGAUAGUGUCAAAGACUUUAGGCCAAUUUCUUGUCGUAAUGUGAUAUAUAAGGCUGCUACUAAAGUCAUUUGCUCGAGAUUAAGGCAAAUCCUCCCUGAGAUAAUAGCAGAGAACCAAGGUGGGUUCGUUCAUGGGCGAUAUAUAGCUCAUAAUAUUAUGGUAUGUCAAGACAUUAUUAGGCAUUACGGAAGGAAGAAUUGUAAACCGAGUUGCAUGAUCAAAAUUGAUUUGAGGAAAGCAUACGACACCAUCGAAUGGGGAUUCAUUGAAGAAAUGCUCGUUGCUUUUCACUUUCCUCGGAAGUUCAUUGAUCUCAUUAUGGUGUGUAUCAAAACCCUGAGAUUUUCUUUAUUGCUUAAUGGUGAAAUGCAUAGAUUCUUUGAGUCCAAGAGGGCUUUGAGACAAGGCGAUCCGAUGUCUCCUCUCUUAUUUGUUCUAGGCAUGGAAUAUAUGUCUAGAAUAAUGAGAGAAGUGGGUUCUCGGCAAGGGCCUGAAAAAACAGCUGUUUAUUGCAGUGGUAUGCAGGAGGCUGAGGUUACCCGAGUGCUCGAAAUGUCAGCAUAUACAAGAGCUCAUCUUCCUUUCAGUUUGGAGCUCGAGGAAUUUGUCAUAAAUGGGAAGAGUUACAUUAAUCAAUUCUGUUUUGAUUACCAUUCACUCUUAUUGGACCCAAAUAAUGAUUCUUCCAAAAAAGUUGUUAAAGGAUGUAGAAGCUAUUUGUCGGGCUUUUCUUUGGAGGGUUUGGCAGACAUUAAUGGUCCGGGUUUAGUGGCUUGGCAACAUGUUUGUUUGCCAAAGAAAGCAGGGGGUUUGGGCUUUAGGAAGGUCCUCAAUUGGAAUAUGGCUGCAAUGGGGAAAUACGUUUGGGCAAUUGCCACCAAAAAAGAUAACUUGUUCGUGAAAUGGAUUAAUAGUGUUUACUUGAUGGACUUGAAUUGGUGGGAGUACCAGCCACCAACUGAUUGUAGCUGGUAUUGGAAGAGAUUAGUUGCUGUCAAAGAAGCUUUCAAAGCCAAGGCAGAUCUGUCAUAUUUUGCAGCAUUGAGGUAUAGCAUUAAAAUUGGCCAUGAUUUAUUAUUUGAUCAACCACUUGCAGUAGGUUGGAGCAAAGUGGUUUGGGAUAGACUGAGCAUUUCGAAGCAUAGAAUUGUGCUUUGGCUGGUAAUGUUGCAGAGACUUCGAACUAGAGAUCAGAUUCAAACGUUUAAGCCUCUAGUGGAUCAAACAUGUCUGUUAUGUGGAGCUGAUAAUGAGAGCAUAGGCCAUCUAUUUUUUCACUGUCAUUAUAGUAAUGCUUGUUUGCAGAAAAUUAAGCACUGGAUGAGUUGGAAAUCAGCUUCAUUGGAUCUGCUGCAAUUAAUUCGAUGGAUCAAUAAAGCAAAGAAGAUGGGUGCUAUUCGGAAGAACAUCAUGUAUGCUACUCUUGCAGCUCUAGUCUACCACAUUUGGAGAGUCCGUAAUGAUGUGUAUUGGAAUAAAAAAUUAUGGGAUAUUACUAAUACUGUACAGAAAGUGGAAAGGGAAAUACAAGUUAGGAUUACUCUUGUAAUGCCAAAAAAGGCUCAAACCAUAGAUAGAGAUUGGUUCACUAAAUUCUGUAAAAAAUAG